AUGCACGUGUUCUCGAAGCUCUUCGAUGUUUCACGUCUCAGAAAAUACAAACCACGAACCCCUCCAAUCGGGUGUGGCCUCCGGUCAGUCAAAGGCCAUCUAAUCCUCUUCUUCGCCCUGGUAGCUGCUUGCUCCGCGGGUAUAAUUGCGCCUGCAGUACCAGCUGCUCUCACGGUAGGAACAUACGCAAGUAGUUACAAUGCACAUGCAAUCAACCAUGCGUACGCUGCACCUUAUGUCGCGGCCGCUGCUCCAUUAGCAGCAGCUCCAUUAACGUACUCAGCAUACCCAGCCGCAUACUCAGCGUUACCAGCAGCAUACCAUGCAGCAUACCCUGCAUCAUACCCUGCAGCAUACUCCGCAUACGCAGCACCCAUCAUCGCACGCCGUUAA